CCGCGCCCAGCGCCUUUACUAUACGACAAUCGCAAUGAGUAAAAGCCAGCGUACCCCAAUCCCACUGCCGGGCUCCACGGCGAGCAAGAAGAACGCGUCUGCCAAAGUUCCACAGAAAGGAUCUUUCAAGAGUCAGGAAUUCGUAGAAAGCAGUGACGAGUCUGCGACAGAGCAACCAGCGAAGAAGAAGGCUGGCAACAAGCGAACAGAUCCCAAAUCACCCGCCAAAAUAGGAGUACACAAGCCCAACGGAGUCUCGAAGAAAACCAAGGUUCCCCCGCCUACGCCAAUUUCCGCGCCUAAAAAGGUCGUGACGAAUGACUUGACUACAACUAGUAGUAGCUCGGAGAGCGAUGAGACGGCAGAAGAAGUACCUCAGCAGAAGGGCGUGGAAAAUACUGGGACAGUUGAGCAAUCAGACUCAAGUUCGAGUGAGGAUGACUCAGACAGCUCCUCGGAAGAGUCAGAGAACGAGACAGCUCCAGCAACGGUGCGGAAUAUAGAGAAUUUGACUUCGCAACAGCCACCACAGCAGUCUCAUACGGUUGAAUUCCGGCCAGCGCAGCCUUACAACCCUCCAAAAGGCUUCAAUGCCAUACCCACCCCACUUAAGGCUACUUCGAAUGCAUCCAAAGUCUUCGAAAAUCUGGAAGGGAAGCAGAUUUGGCACAUAUCAGCUCCUGUUGACAUAUCAGUUGCGCAGUUGGAACAAUUGGCGAUGGACGAUGCUUUGAAGGGCAAAGCGAUCUUGAAGCAUAAAGGGUCAGAUUAUGGGCUUGUUCGUCGUGGAGAGGGCGAGGAAGUUCAGCGUGCGGUUUUGAUUCCUCGUCCUGACGGAUUUAAAGCAGUUUCCAUGCCCAUCACACAGACCUUCCAUCUACAACAAGUCCUUCACCUCCCUAACAUCACAACGAAGCAGACGAACCCCAGCACAGGAUCGGAAGCCACUAGAAGCAUAACUAGUAGCACAAUUCGCGCUCCGCGGCCUCAAGUGAAAGGUCUCAGGAUGCGAUACUGGCAUUCUGGUUUUGGCGAUGACGAGCCAGGUACAAUAGGAUCUUCAGAUGACGAAACUGAAAGGCCCACAAGGACACCUGGACUUGUAGUCUCGAAUGGCAGUCAAAUAUUGAAGAAGCCAGAGAAGCGUAAGCAUGAAGGGGCAAAUGGACCGUCAGAAGCACCUAGCAAAAAGCACAAAAAGCAUAAGACUGCGGAGGAAAUAAAGAAGAAGGAAGAGAAGAAGGCGAAGAAAGAUCGGAAGAGAGCGGCUGAAGCUGCAGGAAGUUCGUAAUACAUGCAUGCAUUUGAUACCAGUAGGAUGCACAUUUGGCGUUAUAUCCACAGGAGAGAUACUGAGCAGAUGGUAGCUCGGUCGUUCAGAAGCAUGACGGGGGGAUUCGUGUUAAUGAGUAGGACCGAAUUAGGUGUCCCAUUGAAAUUCAAAACAUGUUUGUAUAUCU